AUGAGCAAAAGUGAUAGUGAGUUCGAGGAUACCACUUUUGUGGACAAGAAGGCUGUUACCAAGAAACCAUUUAGUGAUGACGAGGAUGAUCUGUCAGACGAGGACUUAUUGAAUAAGGUGAACGCCAAGUUAAAGUCACUCAAAUCAGAGUAUAUGGAUGAUGAUGAGGAAGAAGAGGAUGAAGAAUUCACAUCCCCAAUAAAGAGACUUCAGCACAAUAAUGACAGUAAAGAAAUUCUUCUGGAUGACAAGUAUGAUGAUGAUAUGCAGGACAUCCAACUGCAAUUAGAUAAGGCAACAAUCAACUCACACCAAUCAGGAUACCCAACAGAAGAUACUUCUGCUUUUUCUGUAGCGUUUUCAGCCAGGGAAAAGGAUGCGAGUAGUGAGAACUCCAGUCUAGCUGCUAAAAAACCAGGCUUUACCAGCAGCUUUACCAACUGGCUCACAGGAAAGCCUUCGAAUACAUCGCAACAACCACCCAUAAAGAAUGGAUACGGAUUCCAGGACGAAAAAGGGGAGAUUAUCAGCUACAAACUUUUGCUUUCACGGAAUGAAGGAAAUCAGGCAUGUUUUAACGCUUUAGACGCUAAAGAACAAGAACAAAUACAAUUAGGUACAAAUACUUUGAAAACCUUGUUCAACGAGUUCCAGAAAAAUAUUGAAAGCCAUGGCUCAGACUCAAAUCAAUCAGACUAUAUUGACUGGGACUUCUGGUCGUUGAUCAUUAAUGAUUAUAAUGAUUGUGUUGCAAAAGAUCCCGUUAAAUUGUACCGGGAAUUGACUAACGGUAUUCCAAGUAAGCUUAGAGGUCUUCUCUGGCAAGUAAUGAUCAAUUCAAAAUCUUAUGGUCUCGAGGACAUUUACACUUCUAUUAUUUUGGAACCUAGCAACCAUGAAAAACAAAUCAAAAAAGACCUAUCAAGAACAAGAUUUGUUACGGAUAAUAGCAUGUCUGAUAAGUCAGAUAGCCUAUUUAACAUUAUCAAGGCGUACUCAUUGUUUGAUAGUGAGGUUGGUUACACUCAAGGUAUGGCGUUUAUCGCAGUGCCUUUAUUAAUGAAUAUGAAUGAAAGUGAAGCAUUUUGUUUGAUGACAAAAUUGAUGAAGGUUUACGGGUUAAGAGAGUUUUAUUUACCAGAUAUGCCAGGAUUGCACCUAAUAUUAUAUCAAUUUGAAAGAUUAUUAGAGGACAUGUCUCCUAAGUUACAUUUGCAUUUGAUGAGACAAGGAAUCAAAUCAUCGAUGUAUGCUUCUCAGUGGUUUUUGACGAUGUUUGCUUACAAGUUCCCAUUGGAUAUUGUGAUUAGAAUUUUUGAUGUGAUACUUGCGGAAGGGAUCGAGUCAAGUUUGAAAUUCGCUAUUGCUCUAAUGAUGAAGAAUGAGGAUAAAUUACUACAAUUCAAUUUUGAUCAAUUAUUGGAGUAUUUGAAAGAUAAAUUAUUCGAGUAUUAUAUUAUUGAUGAUAAUACCGAGGAAUAUGCCGCCAACCCAUUUACGUUUGGUGCUGGUUCAGCUAACACAAAUAAUGUCAACAACAGUGCAAACUCUUACAGGGUUAAUGAGUUGGUCCAAGACGCCAUGAAGAUCAAGAUUCUUCCAAUGACCUUAAAGAAAUACGAAAGUGAGCACGAGGAAAUUUAUAAACUAGAGAAGGAAAGGGAAGAAGAAAUAGAGACUCUCAGAACCAAAAACGCCCAGCUAACAAGAGAAAUCAGAAAAUUAGAACAAUCUUAUGCUAUGUUAAAUAAAGAACACGUCGAAGUUGCCAACGAAAUGAUUCAGGGAAAAGUUAAUUUGGCGAAUUUAGAAGAUGAAAAUAGCGAUUUGAAGCAAGAAAUCUCCCAAUUAGAAGAGAAAAUACUGGAAUUGGAAUCUGAACAAGCAAAUCAAUUAAAAGAAAUUGAGGAAAUGACAUCUGAAGAAGGAAAAUCGGGAGAUAUGAUUGAAAAGCUCAAGGCAAAGGAAGAAUUAGAUCUUGAUCUUGAAGAAGAAAUCAGAAGAACUAUGGAAAGGAACUUGGAGGUAAUGGAGGCCAAUAGGUUCUUAGAAGAGCAAUUGAAUAACUUAGACAAGCAAUUUAAGGAAAGUAAGCGAGAGUACGAAUCUGUUAGUAUAGAGCAUGAAGAAUUGAAGAAGAAGUGGGGAAUUGCAAAGAGUUUCUUUUCCGACUAA